UACUUGCGCCAGCAAAAACUGAACCAAACCCACACCCCACCACCCUCUUCUCUUUCUUCCUCUGCACAAACAUUUUAGACACAUUCAGGGCUUCUUGAUUCUGGGUUCUUGUUUUUUUUUUAUUCCCAAAUGCUCAGAAGAGACCAAUAAUAUUGAAAUAAUUUGAUAUCAUUUUUAAAGAUUCGAGCUUGUUCUUCUCCAGGGCUGUACAGUAUGUCGGAAGCCCAAAGGAGGUCCCUCAUGGUCGGUGUUGGCCGUCUUAGCAAUGGAUUCACAAAUGGCCCAAUUCCAUUAAGAUCCUCAACCGCAGUAUCCCAAGUCAAUGAGUUCUGUUAUGCUCUUGGGGGGAAAAAGCCAAUACACAGUAUCUUAGUAGCGAACAACGGAAUGGCAGCUGUGAAGUUUAUACGUAGCAUAAGGACAUGGGCUUAUGAAACAUUUGGUACAGAGAAGGCAGUAUUGUUGGUGGCCAUGGCUACUCCAGAGGACAUGAGAAUCAAUGCUGAGCAUAUUAGAAUUGCCGAUCAGUUUGUAGAAGUUCCUGGUGGGACUAACAAUAAUAACUAUGCGAAUGUGCAGCUCAUUGUAGAGAUGGCAGAGAUCACACAUGUUGAUGCAGUUUGGCCUGGUUGGGGUCAUGCUUCCGAAAACCCUGAAUUGCCCGAUGCACUGACUGCAAAGGGAAUCAUAUUUCUUGGGCCGCCGGCUACUUCUAUGGCUGCACUGGGGGAUAAAAUUGGUUCAUCACUGAUUGCUCAAGCAGCUGAAGUUCCCACUCUCCGUUGGAGUGGCUCUCAUGUGAAAAUUCCUCCAAAAAGCUGUUUGGUUACUAUUCCAGAUGAUACCUAUCGUAAAGCAUGUGUUUACACUACCGAAGAAGCAAUUUCUAGCUGUCAAGUAGUGGGUUACCCUGCAAUGGUAAAGGCAUCUUGGGGUGGUGGUGGUAAAGGCAUAAGAAAGGUUCAUAAUGAUGAAGAAGUCAGGGCAUUAUUCAAGCAAGUCCAGGGUGAAGUUCCUGGCUCACCCGUAUUUAUAAUGAAGCUGGCUUCUCUGAGCCGACAUUUAGAAGUGCAGUUGCUUUGUGAUCAAUACGGAAAUGUUGCAGCUUUGCAUAGUCGUGAUUGCAGUGUCCAGAGGCGACACCAAAAGAUUAUUGAGGAAGGUCCAAUUACAGUAGCUCCUCUAGAAACGGUGAAAAAGUUGGAGCAGGCAGCUAGAAGAUUAGCCAAGUGUGUGAAUUAUGUUGGAGCUGCUACUGUUGAGUAUCUGUACAGUAUGGAUACUGGGGAGUACUAUUUCUUAGAGCUCAACCCUCGGUUGCAGGUAGAACACCCUGUCACUGAGUGGAUAGCUGAAAUAAAUCUGCCAGCAGCACAGGUUGCAGUGGGAAUGGGGAUUCCUCUCUGGCAAAUUCCUGAAAUUAGGCGAUUUUAUGGAAUGGAACAUGGUGGAGGAUAUGAUGCUUGGAGGAGAACUUCUGUCUUUGCUACCCCAUUUGAAUUUGACAAGGCAGAAUCUACAAGGCCAAAAGGUCAUUGUGUAGCUGUGCGUGUAACAAGUGAGGAUCCAGAUGAUGGUUUUAAGCCUACUAGUGGGAAAGUACAGUCAUUGGAAUUUUUACAGGAGCUGAGUUUUAAAAGCAAGCCAAAUGUGUGGGCAUACUUUUCUGUUAAGUCUGGAGGAGGCAUUCAUGAAUUUUCAGAUUCUCAAUUUGGUCAUAUUUUUGCCUUUGGAGAGUCCAGAGCCCUAGCAAUUGCCAACAUGGUUCUUGGGCUAAAGGAAAUUCAAAUUCGGGGAGAAAUUCGUACAAAUGUUGAUUACACCAUUGAUCUAUUACAUGCUUCAGAUUAUAAGGACAAUAAAAUACAUACAGGCUGGUUGGAUAGUAGAAUAGCGAUGCGGGUUAGAGCAGAAAGGCCACCUUGGUAUCUCUCUGUUGUUGGUGGGGCUCUUUAUAAAGCAUCCACUAGCAGUGCAGCUAUGGUUUCAGAGUAUGUUGGUUAUCUUGAAAAAGGGCAAAUCCCUCCUAAGCAUAUAUCACUCGUCAACUCCCAAGUUUCUUUGAAUAUUGAAGGAAGCAAAUAUACAAUUGAUAUGGUGAGGGGUGGGCCAGGAAGCUACAGAUUGAAGAUGAAUCAGUCAGAGAUCGAGGCAGAGAUACAUACUCUACGUGAUGGAGGUUUAUUGAUGCAGUUGGAUGGAAACAGUCAUGUUAUAUAUGCAGAGGAAGAAGCUGCCGGAACUCGCCUUCUGAUUGAUGGAAGGACAUGCUUGCUUCAGAAUGAUCACGACCCGUCCAAGUUAGUGGCAGAGACUCCAUGCAAGCUACUACGGUAUCUGGUCUUGGACGGUAGUCAUGUUGAGGCUGACAUACCUUUUGUGGAGGUUGAGGUUAUGAAGAUGUGUAUGCCACUUCUUUCACCUGCUUCUGGAAUUAUCCAUUUUUUGAUGUCUGAAGGUCAAGCAAUGCAGGCUGGUGAGCUUAUAGCGAGGCUUGAUCUAGAUGAUCCGUCAGCUGUAAGAAAAGCAGAACCUUUCCAUGGGAGCUUUCCAAUCCUGGGCCCCCCAACUGCAAUAUCUGAAAAAGUUCAUCAGAGGUGUGCAGCAAGUUUUAAUGCUGCCCAGAUGAUUCUUGCUGGAUAUGAGCAUAACAUUGAUGAAGUUGUGCAAAACUUGCUCAGUUGUCUUGACAAUCCUGAGCUCCCAUUCCUUCAAUGGCAAGAGUGCUUGUCUGUUCUUGCAACCCGACUUCCUAAAGACCUUAGAUAUGAGCUGGAAUCAAAAUAUAAAAUGUACGAAGGUAGCGCAAGCUUUCAAAAUGUUGACUUCCCUGCCAAAGUAUUACGGGGUGUUCUUGAGGCCCAUCUAAACUCCUGCCCUGCUAAUGAAAACGGAGCCCAAGAGAGGCUUGUUGAACCUUUGAUGAGCCUUGUUAAGUCCUAUGAGGGUGGAAGAGAGAGUCAUGCCCGUGUUAUUGUUCAGGCCCUUUUUGAAGAGUAUUUAUCUGUUGAAGAAUUGUUUAAUGAUAACAUCCAAGCUGAUGUAAUUGAACGACUUAGACUUCAAUAUAAGAAAGAUCUCUUGAAGGUUUUGGAUAUUGUGCUAUCUCAUCAGGGCAUCAAGAGGAAAAAUAAGCUGAUAUUACGACUCAUGGAACAAUUGGUGUACCCUAAUCCUGCUGCAUACAGGGAUAAACUAAUCCGAUUCUCUGCACUCAACCAUACAAAUUAUUCUGAGUUGGCGUUGAAAGCGAGCCAACUGCUAGAACAGACCAAACUGAGUGAACUCCGAUCCAGCAUCGCCAGAAGUCUUUCCGAGUUAGAGAUGUUUACUGAAGAUGGUGAAAAUAUGGACACUCCUAAGAGGAAAAGCGCCAUUAAUGAACGGAUGGAGGAUCUUGUGAGUGCUCCCUUAGCAGUCGAAGAUGCCCUUGUGGGUCUAUUUGAUCACAGUGAUCACACCCUUCAGAGGCGGGUUGUGGAAACUUAUGUUCGAAGACUGUACCAGCCCUGCCUUAUAAAGGGCAGUGUCAGGAUGCAAUGGAACAGAUCUAGUCUUCUUGCUUCAUGGGAGUUCUUAGAAGAGCAUAUUGAAAGGAAAAAUGGAUCUGAAGAUCAAAUGUCAGACAGACCAUUAGUUGAGAAACACACCGAGAGGAAAUGGGGAGCGAUGGUUAUCAUCAAAUCGCUUCAGUUUUUGCCAACAGUGAUAAGCGCUACGUUAAGAGAAACAACUCAUAAUAUACAUGACAGCAUCCAAAAUAGAUCUAUUGAGCCAGCUAGCUAUGGUAAUAUGAUGCAUAUUGCAUUGGUCGGAAUCAACAACCAGAUGAGUUUGCUUCAGGACAGCGGUGAUGAGGAUCAAGCUCAAGAGAGAAUCAAUAAGUUAGCCAAAAUACUUAGAGAGAAAGAACUAGGCUCCAGUCUUCGAAGUGCAGGUGUUGGUGUUAUUAGCUGCAUCAUACAGAGGGAUGAAGGGCGAACCCCAAUGAGGCACUCCUUUCAUUGGUCAGCAGAGAAGCUCCAUUAUGAGGAGGAGCCCCUAUUACGUCACUUGGAGCCUCCUCUAUCGAUUUAUCUUGAAUUGGAAAAGCUCAAGUGCUAUGAGAAUAUACAAUAUACUCCGUCCCGGGACCGUCAAUGGCACCUCUACACUGUUGUAGACAAGCCAUUACCAAUCCAUAGGAUGUUUCUCAGAACGCUUGUAAGGCAGUCAAACUCAAAUGAAGGUUUCCUGGGGCUAGACAUGGGAACAAACAGAUCCCAAUUGAGUAUGUCUUUUACUUCAAGGAGCAUUUUGAGGUCCUUAAUGACUGCAAUGGAAGAGUUGGAACUUCGUGUUCAUAAUGCUACCAUCAGAUCUGACCAUGCUCAUAUGUACCUAUAUAUCUUACGCGAGCAACAAAUCAAUGAUCUUGUGCCUUACACAAAGAGAGUUGAAAUAAAUGCUGGGCAAGAAGAAGCUGCGGUUGAGAUGAUUUUGGAAGGGCUGGCACAUGAAAUCCAUGCAUCAAUUGGUGUGAAAAUGCAUCGCUUGGGUGUUUGUGUGUGGGAAGUGAAGCUCUGGAUGGCAUCAGCUGGACAAGCCAAUGGUGCUUGGAGGGUCGUGGUUGAGAACGUGACCGGUCACACAUGCAUUGUGCAUAUAUAUCGAGAACUAGAGGAUAACAGCAAACAAAGCGUGGUCUACCAUUCGACCUCUCUGUGUGGCCCUCUGCACAGUCUUCCUGUGAAUGAGCAGUAUCAGCCAUUGGGAGCUCUUGAUAGAAAACGGCUUUUGGCUCGGAAAAGCAACACCACUUACUGUUAUGAUUUCCCACUGGCAUUUGAAAUGGCCUUGGAAAAGUCUUGGGCAUCGCAAUUUCCAGGUCAUAACAAAGUCAACAGUAAAGUUCUUAAAGUCACAGAGCUCAUAUUUGCUGACAGAAAAGGUUUAUGGGAUACUCCUCUUAUUUCUGUGGAGCGCCCACCCGGGCUGAAUGAUGUUGGCAUGGUUGCGUGGACUAUGGAAAUGUCAACACCAGAGUUUCCCUCUGGAAGGACAAUUUUGAUAGUAGCAAAUGAUGUGACGUUCAGAGCCGGAUCUUUUGGUCCAAGGGAGGAUGCAUUUUUUCUUGCAGUGAGCGAUCUUGCUUGCGUCAAGAAAUUGCCUCUAAUUUACUUGGCAGCAAAUUCAGGGGCUCGUAUUGAGGUAGCUGAAGAGGUAAAAGCUUGUUUUAAAGUCGGCUGGUCUAAUGAAUCAAGCCCAGAGAGUGGUUUUCAGUAUGUCUAUUUGACUCCCGAGGAUCAUUUACGGAUUUCAUCAUCCGUGAUUGCACACGAGUUAAAGCUAUCAAACAGAGAGACACGAUGGAUAAUAGAUAGCAUUAUAGGGAAGGAGGACGGCUUGGGGGUUGAGAACUUAUCCGGGAGUGGAGCCAUUGCCAGUGCCUAUUCAAGGGCAUACAAGGAGACCUUCACGUUGACGUAUGUGACGGGAAGAACUGUUGGGAUAGGUGCUUAUCUAGCUCGUCUCGGGAUGCGGUGCAUACAGAGACUCGAUCAGCCUAUUAUUCUUACAGGUUUCUCCGCGCUAAACAAAUUAUUGGGCCGGGAGGUUUACAGCUCCCACAUGCAACUCGGUGGACCUAAAAUCAUGGCAACCAAUGGCGUUGUUCAUCUAACAGUCUCAGAUGAUCUUGAAGGGGUGUCAGCUAUUUUGAAGUGGCUAAGUUAUGUUCCGCCCUACUCGGGUGGUCCACUUCCCAUUUUGUCUCCCUCCGAUCCUCUGGAGAGGCCUGUUGAAUACUUCCCUCAGAAUUCAUGCGAUCCCCGUGGAGCUAUCUGUGGUAUGCUCGAUGGUACCGGGAAGUGGCUUGGGGGUAUUUUUGACAAGGAUAGCUUUGUUGAGACACUCGAAGGCUGGGCAAGGACAGUUGUGACAGGAAGGGCAAAGCUUGGAGGAAUCCCGGUUGGAAUAGUUGCUGUCGAGACUCAAACGGUAAUGCAAGUUAUCCCCGCGGACCCCGGGCAGCUCGAUUCCCACGAAAGGGUUGUUCCUCAAGCUGGGCAAGUAUGGUUUCCUGAUUCGGCUACAAAGACAGCUCAAGCGUUGAUGGACUUCAACCGGGAAGAGCUCCCCCUUUUCAUUCUUGCCAACUGGAGAGGCUUUUCGGGCGGGCAGAGGGACCUUUUUGAAGGAAUCCUUCAGGCUGGAUCAACCAUUGUUGAGAACCUCAGAACGUACAAACAGCCUGUUUUUGUAUACAUCCCUAUGAUGGGUGAGCUUCGUGGCGGGGCAUGGGUUGUCGUGGAUAGCAGGAUCAAUUCAGACCAUAUUGAAAUGUAUGCAGAACGGACAGCCAAGGGAAAUGUGCUCGAGCCAGAGGGGAUGAUCGAGAUAAAAUUCAGAAUGAAGGAGCUGAUGGAGUGCAUGGGUAGGCUCGAUCAACGGCUGAUUGAUCUGAAAGUGAGACUUCAAGAAGCUAGGAGUACUGGGGCUCAUGCAAAUGUUGAAUCUCUUCAGCAGCAGAUUAAAGGUCGGGAGAAACAGCUUUUGCCAGUCUACACUCAGAUAGCUAUGAAAUUUGCUGAACUGCACGAUACGUCACUGAGGAUGGCGGCGAAAGGGGUAAUCAGAGAGGUUGUGGAGUGGGAUAAGUGCCGGUUUUUCUUCUACAAAAGAUUGCUCCGGAGGGUUGUUGAGGGGUUAUUGAUUAAGACAGUGAGAGACGCUGCUGGUGAUCAGGUUUCUCACAAAUCUGCAAUGGACAUGAUCAAGAAGUGGUUUUUGGAUUCAAAGAUUGCGGAAGGCAGAGAAGAUGCUUGGGCAAAUGAUGAAGCUUUCUUCACGUGGAAAGAUGAUCCAGUGAACUAUGAGGAAAAGCUACAUGAGUUGCGGAUACAGAAAGUAUUGAUUCAAUUAUCAAAUAUUGGUGAUUCACCAUUAGAUCUACAAGCUCUGCCUAAAGGUCUGGCUGCACUCCUACAAAAGGUGGAACCAUCAAGUCGAGGACAGUUGGUUGAUGAACUUCGAAAGGUGAUCAGUUGAUCAGAUUGCUUGUAGUUUGCCAGCAAGUAUGGUCUCACGACCCACAAAACGUAUUUUGCUGCUUGGGUCAUAGUUCCAUUUUGAUGACCAGAUAUAGCUAUUAAUUAUGUAACUCAGCUGGAAAUUAAAAUCAAAUAGGUACAGGCUGCCUGAAUUUUACGGUUACAAUCUAUUCUGGUAGGCAAAGAAACUGGAGGACCUUUUGCAAAGUGUAAAUAUUGGUAGGCCGUGAGAGGAUGCAGGAUUGUAAUCGCCAAUUGUUUAGGAGGAAAUCAAUAAGCUUGGCAGCCAUCAUUUAUAAUUGAUUUAUUCUUUAAUUGUCUCUUUUUUCAGAAGAUAGUCUUUAGGAGAAAACUACUAUUGUUCUACUACUUAUGAAUACGUACAAGGCGUAAUAGUAUGAAAGUUCACUAUUUUUUGCUUCCUAGUC